AUGAAGGAGUUCAAGCUCGACCCUUCACUAUCAUCAUCUUCCUCUUCCUCCGCUUCAUCCGCUGCUUCAUCGUCCCGCUCAGCAGCGGAGCAACGCCAGCUGCUCGAUGAGCUACGGCAGGCCGCCUCCUCCUCUUCUUCCUCAGCAGCUGCAGCUCGUUUCCCCUCGCAGCCAAAUGCAACAGCCGAGCGUCUCCUCGACUCACAGGGACAGCGGGCGCCCAUGCCUCCCGGCCUUGGAGGCUCUCUACUAGGCGACUAUCCUCUCCCUCGUCGUCGAGGUCUGGUUGCCAAGGCGACUGGCGAGGGUCAAUCUUGGCAGGAAUUGAAGACGGGGCAGAAGGUGGCUAGGACCGCUUUCAAGGGAUCGCAGGUGGGACUGGUCCUCUUUGGCAGUGCAUUCACACUGGUGAUUUCGUAUGCGCUACUGAGUGAGCUGUUCGCGCCGAACAGUCCUACGGUCAUCUACAAGGAUGCUUGCAGGAGAGUGGAGGACAACAAGGAGAUCUAUGAGCAUCUUCUGCCGCCCUUCAAGUUCCAUACGCAUUCACUUUCCCCCGUUGCCUCCUCUCCAACCAAUCUUCCAUCUGGUCGUCGUCGAGCCUCCCCCUUGCCCAGCUCGGUGGUAGUGGCGGACAAAUCUGGUCAGGGAGAUGUGAUGCUGCUGCGCUUCUUUGUCGAGGCGCGGGACAAGGACAGGGAUUGGAGCUACCUGGAGAGGAGUCGAGACUGGGUACGGGAUCAAAGUCGAUGGGUGACGAGUGAGGCAGUGCAGCUGGUGGAGACGAUCAGGGAGAAGCUGGCGGGCGAGGAGGUAGAAGAGGGCGAAGGAGGUCGUUCCCCGCUGGCUUCGCUACGGGACGCUACAACAACCGACGAGUCAAAGUCUAGCUCCUCUACCUCCGAGCCUGGUGUCUUUAGCCGUACCCUCUCAAGCGGUCUAUCCUGGCUUACUCCCUCCUUCUCCACUUCUGGCGCCUCGAAAUCGCUCAAGGGCAAACGUGAGCCGGGAACCUUCUCCUCUGGCGAGGUGCAUGCGGAGCUGAAGAUGGACGCAGAGAGUGGCAAGUGGGAGUACAGGCGACUGUGGAUCGACAUACCCAAGAGUGGAACGAUUGGUAGUCGGAGGGUAUGGAUUGCGAAGAAGGAGGGGGACGUGAAGAGGUAG